CAGGGCUAGUCGACUCGACUCUGGCGCAUGGCCGGCUUGGCUUAACUUGCUAGCGCUAUACGCUAGAGCCAAACUGAGACAUGGCAGCCGGGUUGAGCCGUUUUUGGGCCUGUGCUCAGGUUGUUUCCCAAAUGGUUACAAGGAGAGGAGUUGCAUCACUUGCUGGAAAAGAUGCACAGAUACCAAGAUAUGUUAAAAUUGUUGAAGUUGGACCCCGUGAUGGGUUACAAAAUGAAAAGGCAAUGGUUCCAACUGAAACCAAGAUUGAGUUGAUAAAUCGUCUCUCUGACACUGGUCUUAAGGUGAUUGAAGCUACCAGCUUUGUGUCACCAAAAUGGAUUCCUCAAAUGGGGGACCAUACUGAUGUCAUGAAGGGUAUCAGCAGGAGAGGAGGGGUUGACUACCCUGUUUUGACCCCUAACCUCCAGGGGUUCAAGUCGGCGCUUGAGGCUGGAGCUGAGGAGGUAGCCAUCUUUGGUGCAGCGUCAGAAACCUUUAGCAAGUAUGGGACACAUGGCAUCAGUGCAGUGUGCAUUGAUCUGUCAAUAUGUGAUACUAAAAUUCCAGGGGCCGCGGAACGGUUUUCAAAGAAAAAUAUUAACUGUUCUAUCGACGAGAGUUUGGAUAGAUUUUCCUCGGUGAUUGAAGCAGCUCGUGAAGCAAAUGUCAAGGUGCGAGGAUAUGUGUCAUGUGUACUAGGAUGUCCGUAUGAGGGCGCUGUUCAUCCAGAAGCAGUGGCAAAGGUUGCAGACAAAAUGUACAAGAUGGGCUGCUAUGAGAUCUCCCUGGGUGACACGAUAGGGGUGGGCACCCCCGGUAUGAUGCAAACCUUGUUAGAGACCGUACUAGAAACCAUUCCUGCUGAACAUAUAGCCGUCCAUUGCCACGACACCUAUGGGCAAGCACUAGCAAAUAUCCUGGCUGCAUUACAGAUGGGAGUGACAGUAGUUGACUCCUCUGUAGCUGGUCUAGGGGGUUGUCCCUAUGCAAGGGGGGCAUCAGGUAACGUCGCGACUGAAGAUGUAGUUUACAUGCUCAAUGGUCUUGGUAUAGAAACGGGUAUUGAGUUGGAGAAGAUUGUUUCAGUUGGACAGUUCAUUUCCAGAGAGCUAGGUAGACAGAACUUUUCCAAAGUGGGAAACGCCAUGAGCAAACUAUGAUGGAACUGCCUAUCUCAGUAGAACUGUGUUGUGCAAUCGCCAAAGACUGUUUUGUACCCUCCUCCUUGCGUCCUCCACCUACAUUACAUUACAUUAUGUUUGUGCUCCAUUCUCCAUUCUAGAAAUGGUGGGAUAUGCCUACGUGGUGACCAGCAAAAUAAGGAAUUUUCGAGAUCACGCCAGCUCGCAUAGUUGAUGUCAUGAGCUUAUUUUCUGUAUUCAUAUGAUUUUAUUGGAGCUACUUACCACAUUUUAUGGAAAUACAAGUUAAUCAAGUUAAAUCUCAUUCGACCACAGAAAUCUGCCGGACUCCAGGGAAAAACUUCAUCAUUGAAGAUGAAAUAGUACAUGCUUGUAUGAAUUAGUCUUAAACAUUGCUUCUACGAGGACAAUUAUUCAACGUUAUAUUGACGGUCGACUUAUACAGACAAAUAUGGCCUAUAUUCUCAAAAUUGGUUUUAAUUGUACCAUGGUACAAAACCGUUGCACUGUGCAGAUUUCUCAUACUGUAUGUAACUACAUGCACUCUUAUUUCAUCACAUAUAACAUAUUGUGGCUGAUAUGUCAUUCAUGUUCCUAAGGCUACUCACAAAUGAUUUUAAAAAGAACCAUUUCUAAGACCAAUCUAAUAUCAUGUCUUAUUUAUUCGACCAUGUACAAACUCCCAUCUGGUUUCAUUGUUGCGUGAUUGUACACUCCAAGUAUGCUAUUUGUUCGCUGAAGUUUUGUGUCAUCCAGUUGUACAGCUUGUCAAGGUAGCACGUUGCAGGCUGCUCUGGAGUCAUGUUGAAACCUUACAUGCUCUCCUUCCACAUGCAUUCUGGCCAAGAUCCUAUUCAAGGGUUUCUCCUGUUGCUGCAUGGAGUGUACAUCUACCUUGUCCACCAGCUCAACCGAGUUCAACUGCAGCUCCUCCAGAUUUCCCUCGAAUAUGUGGACUUUCUCUGCUUGUUUUGUCUUGCAUACCGCUCUGAAAUGGUUAAGUUCGCCACAUUUCCCGCAUUCCUUUCCGUAUUCGGGGCAUUUUUCCUUCACCUGCUCAUGCUGUUUCCCACAGAAUUUGCAGCUCUUCACUAUCUUUGUGGGUUUUGACUUUGUUCCUUCGAACUCUUUGGCUUAGAAUAUAUUGCUCCCUUUGUUCUUACUGCGUGAACUCGCUCUUCUUCUGGUCAAUCCAGUAUUCCUGCAUUUUGCCUGGAAAGUUCUAAAGCCCUGCAUGCCAAAAAUGCACCUUUCAUACGUCAGCCCAGGUCCUCGAAGCAGACGCUGUCUCAUCUCGCCAUCUGAAAUUCCACAGAUAAUCCUGUCUCUGAGGAGUGAAUUUUCUAACUUGCCAAAGUUGCAUUUUCUAGCCAGCAUUCUCAAUUCGGUUAGGAAAGUGUCAAAUCCUUUCCCUUUCUCUUGAUGACGAGUGAAGAACUUGUAUCUGUCCACCGUCUUGUUGUUUCGUGGCUUACAGUGCUUUCCUAGGGCAUGGAGAGCAUUCACAAAUUUCUCCUCAGCUGGUCUCACCGUCUUGUAGAUUUCCCUUCCUCAGACUCCAUCAGGUAUUGCAGCAUUUGCAGCUUUUUUCCCCUCUGCUUGACCAUCCAUAGCCAAAUUUACAUACAAAGAGAGCUUAUCCUUCCAUUGGUCCCAUUCUGAGGAAGAUAACUUGUUUCAAAGUCUAAAGGCCGAGGGGGCUUGAUCUGUGCCAUUAUAACUCAACUCAAUCGUCAAUCUCUCUCCGUUCGCUGGUGGCACCCUCUACCUUUGUGGUUUUGCUUUGGGAGGAUUUCUGCCAGCAAUUUCUGGUCACCCGCCAAUCAGCAACUGUCUCCUGCUUUAGACCUAGAUUUUCCUCACUUUAUCAUUCACUUUCCAGUCACACUAGUCAUCAUCAUGAACAUGGUUUUCAUCAAAGUUGCUAAUUCAACGAAUCGAAAGGAAUAUUUCUCCUGAUUUACUUACUGGACUCGACGUUAUUAUUGAUAAUUCGGUAUUUCAAAAUACAUGAAUUAUACAAUACAAAUUACAUAAACAAUGGGAUAUAUGUGACAUAAUACAAAGGACCUGGAAUAGAGAUGAAGGGGCUGCCUGGAUUUGGAAAAGGUUAACUAAAUUACCAUGACCCACAGGUCUUCCUUCCCACACCCCUUUACCUCCAUCCAGGUCAGUAUAAGAAUAUAAAAAGAAACAUAUGAAUUAAAAGUAUACACCUGAAACUGGCAACAGUUAAUUUGGCAAAACAAAAGUAACAUGGAUCCAUCAGCAAAUGUCAUUUCAAUUGAUUCAUUGCAAUAUAGAUAAAAGAAAAAAUAUAAUGAUAAUAAAUAUUAACAAUUUUUUUAUAUACCGCAAAUUGCCUCUAAGCGGUUAAGAGAAAGGAAAUAUGAAGUAUAAAGGAAAUAGAAAUAGAAAUACUUUGCACAACAAAAUCAAAACUAAUAUUACAAUUUACAACUUUUCUCACCAGAUCAUGAAUAAAGAAAUACCAUCAAAUGGGCCAAUAAAUGAUGCAAGUAAUUUGACUUGAUUGUGUACAUAUCUAAACUGUUUUGAAUCUUAAUUGAUUACUUAAUUAUGUCGUUAUUCACAUAUUUCCAUGACAAAAACACAGUUCACUAUCGAGGCAUUUUCUCUCACCCAAGUUGUCCUUGUAGCCGUCCUAUAGCAACAUUCCAAGCUAGAUAAUUUCCACUCUGACACCAUGUAACAUAUAAUGGCUGAUAUGUCUUUCGGGUCCUUACGGCUACUCACAAGUGAUCUAAAAAUGAUGAUGAAUCUAACAUUGUGUCUUAUUUAUUCGACCAUGUACACUAAGAACAGUCCCGUUAUAAAUGUGUGCUUAAGGUUCAUGCUUGUAUAAAGGGUGAUAAUACAAGUAAUCUGCAUAAUCCACAGUUUUGUACAUGUACCAUGAUACAAUUGAAACCUCUUGAGAAACAGGCCUAUGUAUGCUGCAUAGCUCUUGGCUGUUUAUUAUGCAUGAAGCUAUUAAAGAAUGUUAAAUUUCAUGUACAAUGUGCAUUUUUUUUAAUGGAAUCUAGCCUACAUUUGAUGUUUUUCGAGGAAAAAGAAAAACCAGGCUAGUAGAUAAUAAUAAUAAUAAUAAUGGUAUAUUUACCCAGGGUAGCCACUUCAGUUCCGAAAACUGUUCUCCCAGCGGGCCCUGCUAUUAUUAUUACCUGGCUAAGCCAGGCUUCCUAUUCAGGUGCACACAGCUUUUUGAGGAAUUACUUCCUGCCGGUACCCAUUUACCUCACCUGGGUUGAGUGCAGCACACUGGAUGAAUUCCUUGCUGAAGGAAUUUACGCCAUGGCUGGAAUUUGAACCCAUGACCCUCUGUUUCAAAGUCCGGGACUAAUCCACUGGGCCACGAUGCAACAUGAAGGUGAAAAAUUGAACAGUAUUGGACAAACAAUAGGAGAGUUACAUGCAUGAAUUUUUAACAGUUGUAAAAAUUGGUAAUCGCUAUACCCAUGGAGUCUUCAAAUUGGUUGCAUUGACGAUGUUGUUCAACACCUUUUCAUUGUAGUCUUCCUGUUGAUGAGGGGGAACAAUGCAGCCCCCAGGAAGCGUCAAAAUUAGGCAACAAUCAUGGGCAGCAAAUGAGUCAAAUGAAUUAAUUUAGCUUUUCAACAGAGCUAAUGUCAUCAUAAUGGUCAUUAAUUGACCUGUGUAUGUCUGCAUAUAUAUUCCAUUAUGUUCAUUUAUUGGAAUAUGAAAGUUAUAUUUCCCGAUAUUUAAUACAGACUCUUACCAACUAUUAAAUACAAAUGUAUGCUCCUUCAUUUUUGUCAUACUUUAUAGGAAUUAGCAAGAUGUUCAAAUAAGUGCAAUAUUUGGUAGAUAUGGAUCAAUUUUCGAUAUUUAUUUGUAAUAUUCAGAAAAGAAAACUAUCACUUUGCUGUAUUUGAUGAUUGUACACAAAAAACCAAACAAACAAAUUUCCACCAUGUUGUGGAUGUUUAAGUGAUUUAUCAAGUACACAAACUCAAAUCCUCGUGGUUUAUAUUAUUAAAGAUAUGAGCAUUCAAGUUUUAAUUGUAAUACUUAGUUUAUGUAUAAUGUAAAUUGAAAAUGCAACUCUCUAAUCAGAGUUUGACAUUACAGGUCAUACUUUGAAUGAGGCUGAAUCAAGUAAAUUAUCUUAUCUUACUUUAUGUAAUUUUUUUUUUUAGCUUAAUGUAAGUCUUUUUAGGGUUGGAGUUUGUAUAGUGGGAUAAUAAAUCUUAAAGCAGAAUUUAUAAUAGCGACAACUGAGUAUUUUUAUAUGCCUUUAAGGCCCAGUCACAUUGUUCCGUACAAGCCUCGCGUGUGACUUGCGGGUUACUAUUUUUGCUACCUGCAGGUUGCCCGCAUUGACAGUAUCUCACACGCUGUUGCCCACAAAAGCGCACGCAAGUCUUAUUUGCAUGCAGAAAAGUUUUCCUCAAAACUUUGUUGCGGGUGAGGUGCGGGUCAUUGCCCGGAAUGAUGUGACAGGGCCUUUAUAUAGCUAAAAGAAUUUGUAUAAAGAGUACCGGUAGUUGGAUACUAAUUAGAUAAUAAUAUUUAUUAUAGAUACCCAAUGGCGACAUGCAUACAUGUACAAACAACAGAGUAUUUGGGCGUUAAAUGAUUAUGUUGUUAUAUAGAUAUUGGUGUAACCAUGGAGCUACUGUAACAAUUAGGCUCAGUACCAAUGCUCUUGUGUUAUACAAUGGAGCUCCUUUACAUUAUAGCAUGGAGCUAUCAAUAGCUCUAUGGUUAUACUCAUAUUUUUGUGGUAGAGUUCAAGUUCUGUAUUCUGGUAAUAAUGUAGAAUGGAUAUACAUAAGAAAUUUUUGUAAUCAGUUGACACCCUCUACAUAUAUUAUACAUACUAUCAGAUUGUCUUUGUUUUUAAUGUUAUUAUUUAUAUUUUAGGUAACAUCAUGCUUCUCUCAGUAACAUCAGUACUUCUAAGCCACUUAUCAUUUGUUUAUAUUUGUAAUCUACACUUAUAGGUUCCCUCCAAGAUUUUACAUUUUAUUUCUAUCAAUGUUUUAAGAUAAAAUGAAUGAAGUAAAAGUGUCCAUGUGUCCCCAUUCCGCAGCAGACUCACAGCUCUGUACACUGCAUACAAACUGAUUUAUCAUCAGUUCAUAAUACACAUUUAUUUUUUUAUGCAUGUGAUAGUUUAUGUAUGCUGUGUAGUUAAAUGUACCGGAUGCAAAAAAAUAUUUUGAUAGACUUUUCUGGCAGUGACUGUAAUAAUGAUCUGUAUUCAUAAAACUUGACCAUCCCCUUGUAUCCCUGAGAUAAAAAACAUUUCAUGGUGGAUAAAUGUGAAGGCAAAUUUAUAAAUCAUUGGACACAUGCAAGAAUGCUCAUUUCUCUCUACACAUUCUAACACAAUUAAUGCAAGAAAUUUUGCACUUUGGGGCAUUUUUUCUUCUGUUGACACAACAAAUUUUCAACCCUGCAAUCUGUGCUCUUAAAGAAAAAUGUACAAGUUUGAGUGAAAGGUUGGUAUUCUGUCAGUGUUUUGGAGAUUUCUUUCUUUGCAGCAAUAACUUGGAAGAUCAAGACUAUUUUGUUGAAUUAUUGAGAUGAUGAGUGGCACACCAUUUCACAUCAAUUUGAAUAAAUGUAAUUAUUAAUAUGUA